AUGCUUAGGGAAAUUAUCAUUUCACUAUUAGUCAUACUUAACGAAAAUGUUCUUAUAUAUAGCUUUUCUUGCAAAUAUGCAAAGAAAAACAUUAUCUUUGUAAAUAAUAAGGUAAAAUGUGCCGAAUAUGAGAAAUGCCAAAAUCAUAGAAUAAAUAAGCUAUAUUGUAUGAAAAAGAGGAUUAAGAAAAAUCAAUUCCAUGAUCGUUGUAUAAUAAAUGUUAAAGGAGGAAAUGGGGGUGAUGGUAUAUGUUGUUUCACAACAUUUUCUCAGAAGAAAAAUAAAAAGUAUGCUUCUGGUGGUAGAGGGGGGAAAGGAGGUGAUGUAUAUUUAAUUGGAGAUAAAAAAAUGGAUAAUUUUUUAAGCAUAAAGUUAAAGUCUUUUUAUUAUGCCGGAAAUGGAGGUAAGGGAUGCAACAAUAAUCAAAAUGGGGAAAAUGGAAAAGACGAAUAUAUAUAUAUACCAAUAAAUACAAUUGUAUACGAUGAAGACAAAAAAUUUAUUAAUUUUAUUUAUUUAAAUAACCAAAAAGUGCUAAUCGCAAUGGGGGGAAAAGGUGGAAAAGGUAAUUACUCUUAUAGAACUAAGAGUUUGAAAAUACCAUUUGUCUGCCAAUUUGGAGAAAAAACAAAAGAAAAAAAAAUUUUUUUGAAAAAAAUUUUUUUUACCGAUUUUGGCAUUAUUGGAUACCCCAAUGUGGGGAAAAGCACACUCCUGAAUAAAGUAACCAACGCGAACGUGAAAAUAGCAAAUUAUAGCUACACAUCCAAAUUUCCCAAUCUUGGUGUAUUUAAAUUCGACAGUGGGGAGGAAAAUACCGAGGUGGAGGAACACAAUUGGGAGAAAAACUACGAGGAAGCUGAAUUCUCAAUGAUAGACGAUUGCGAGGAAAGAAACGAAGAUAUGGAAGAUAAUCAGGGAGAAGUAACUGAUCUAAUGGAGGAUACAGAGAACGCAGGACAUGAAAAAAUAGGUGCAAAAAAUAAUUACACAGUUAUAGAUUUUCCUGGUAUAAUAAAAGAUUUAGACAAAAAAGUAUCGAAUAUAUCCUACAAGUACCUGGAACAUCUAAAAUAUUGUAAAAUGUUAAUUUACAUGUUUGAUAUAAAUAGUAGUAAUAACACAAUUGUUGAAACGUACAGAAAUAUAAAGGAUGUUUUAGUGCAGUAUGAUCCCAUUUUUAAAAAUAAAAAGGAAGUUGCACUGUUAAACAAAAUGGAUAUAUAUAUAGACAAGGAAAAUAUAAACACACUAAUUAAUUAUUUAAAGGAUAUUUUAAAAAUAGAUAACAUUUUUGGCAUAUCAGCAUUAACAGGAGAAAAUGUAGUAGAAGCAAUAAAUGAAAUUUUACUAAAUAUUAAUGAGGAAAAUACCAUAAGUGAAUUUACAAAAACUUUACCAACACCAAUUGAUAUUGCAAAAAUUGAAAAUAGUGACAACUUCCGACCAUCUCAAUUUGAAAUACACAAAUACAAAGAAAACAUUUUUAUCGUUAAGGGGAAAUAUAUUGAAAAUCAAGCGAAUAUUUUCAAUUUUUCCAAAAGUGAUACUUCAAAAAUUUUUAGCAAAAUAUUACAUGAUUUAAAUAUAAAUGUUAAACUAAAAAAUGUGGGAGCCAAGGAAGGGGAUAAAAUUAUUAUAGGCAAUUAUUCCUACGAUUUUUCUAUGGAUGAGGACUAG